UCAGGGAGAGUAAAAUACAAUCUCUCCAAGUGAAGUGACUAUGAAUAAGUGGCGUUUACUACUCCUUUCGGUUCUAAGCCUAUUGCAAUCAGCUUCGGCAGCUCGCAAUUUCAUUGAUGGAAGGGACCAUUACCGUUUAGAUACAAGGUUUUCUAUCCAACAUCCUCACCGCAUUCAAAAACUUCUACCUGAAAAACCGCAACAAAGUUCACUAAGAGAUUUGCACUUUUCGGUCAGAGAUGCUGAGUUAAAUGGAGCGCCUUCUAUACGUCACUCUACACGUCAUGAACUUCAAUGGCGAUCUACAUCAGAACAGAAUAAUGAGCUACUGAGUGAUCACCGAAGAACUACUGAAGCAGAGAAAACUGAAGUUGUCGCCCAAACUGAGAGACAAAGAAAUAAAAUCCAUCAUGAGGCUGGUCGAGUCGUUAUUCGAAGUAAUCGAAUUUUAAAACAACAUGAGGGUCCCAACAAUUCUGCUUCAUCAAUCCGUGGCGUCUCUAAAGAAAACAAAGUAAAUCAGGAACAUGUAAAAGCAAAGCACAAUGAUAUUACCAUAAAGAAAAUUGGACCCCAUUCCCGAUAUAGAGUUAAUUAUAAGCGCACUGAAACUGAAUACGGUGUACCAGAAAGACAAGCUCACAAAACCAACAAAGGCGCUGUAAGGAAUGGUCACGUCAUUGGGUCAUUGGGUGGUAAAAGAUUUGUUACAAAUAAAAUCAACCAAUUUCGAACAGACAAAUCUAGAAUGAAUAUGAGUAAUUCAGUAUUGAGAAAUAACCUCAAAAUACUUUCGAGAAAUACAUUUGACGAAAGGCGAAUACAAAAUCGGAACGACAUACAGGAAAAUAUUCAAGAUAAUUUACUCUGGGAUAAGUCACUAAAAAUGUGUACUAUAAGAACCGCCAGUACAAGGUUUAUUAGGCAAAGCAAUGGUAAUAACCGCCAAUGUAGCUCUCGGAACCUACCCAUUGAAGAAAGGAUAACAGUAGAAGUUCAUAAUAAAUGGAAUCGAAAUAAUGAGGUCUCCAUUACGCAACGAGGCACUAUACUGCCAAAAUCAAAUACUCAAAAAGACGGAUAUCGAAUGUUGCCUAAUGAAGGAGUAACAAAUGAAAUUCAACGUACUACAGAACGUCUUCCAAAUAUGCGACGUAUAUCAUCAUCUAGAAAAACACGUCUAUCGGCAGAAGAAAGAGAAACAGGUGAUCUACAAGGUACUCGCGAUACUCGCGAAGAAAGAGCCAAAAGUCAAAAUCAACUUACUCUCAAAACAAGCGACAAACGCGCUUCAAAUUUUAUAAGACACGUAAAGGAUGCUCACGAUGAAACAGCAAUUAACGAAAUACAACGUAUUCGCAGCACUCGCGAAGAAAGAGCAAUCAACAAAAAUGGACGUGCUUUCAACACUCGCGAAGACCGGGAUACAAAUCUUAUUACACUUGCAAAGGAUGUUCGUGAAGAAAGAGCACUAAAGGAAAUACAACGUACUCGAAGCACUCGCGUCGAAAGGGCAACUUUUAAAAAUCAACGUACAUUCAGAACACGCGACGAACGCGCUACAAAUGUUAAUAUACAUGCUAGGGAUGCUCGCGAUGAAAUAACAACAAAGGAAAUACAACGUACUCGCAGCAAUGGCGAAGAGAGAGCACCCAUUGAAAUUCUACGUGCUGUCGACACACGCGAAAAUCGUGGUACAAAUCUUAUCAGACCAGCAAGGAAUGUUCCUGAAGAAAGAGCACCAAAUGAAAUACAACGUACUCGCAGCACUCGCGACGAAAGGGCAACUAUUGAAAAUCAAAGCACAUUCAGAACACGCGUCGAACGCGCUACAAAUGUUAUUAGAAAUGCUCGGGAUGCCCGCGAUGAAAGAAUAACAAAGGAAAUACGUACUCGCAGCACUAGCGAAGAAAGAGCACCCAUUGGAAUUCUACGUGCACUCGAAAAUCGUGGUAUAAAUCUUAUCGGACUUGCAAGGCAUGCUCGCGAUGAAAGCACAACAAAGGAAAUACAACGUACUCGCAGCAUUCGCGAAGAGAGAGCAACAAUUGAAAUUCAACGUGCCGUCGACACACGCGAAAAUAGUGGUACAGAUCUUAUUAGACUUACAAGAGAUGUUCGCAAAGAAAGCGCACCAAAUGAAAUACAGCGUACUCGAAGCACUCGCGACGAAAGAGCAACUAUUGAAAGUCAACGUUCAUUCAGAACACGCGCAGAACGCGCUACAAAUAUUAAUAGACUUGCUAGGGAUGCUCGCGAUGAAAUAACAACAAAGGAAAUACAACGUACUCGCAGCACUCGCGGAGAGAGAGCAACCAUUGAAAUUCUACGUGCUGUCGAAACACGCGAAAAUCGUGGUACAAAUCUUAUCAGACUUGCAAGGGAUGUUCCUGAAGAAAGAGCACCAAAUGAAAUACAACGUAUUCGCAGCACUCGCGAAGAAAGAGCAACCAACAGAAAUGGACGUGCUUUCAACACUCGCGAAGACCGGGAUACAAAUCUUAUUACACUUGCAAGGGAUGUUCGUGUUGAUAGAGCAACAAAUGACAUACAACCUACUCGCAGCACUCGCGACGAAAGGGCAACUAUUGAAAAUCAACGUACAUUCAGAACAGGCGACGAACGCGCUACAAAUGUUAUUAGACAUGUUCGGGAUGCUCGCGAUGAAAAUAUGACAAAGGAAAUACGUACUCGCAGCACUCGCGAAGGGAGAGCAAACAUUGAAAUUCUACGUGCUGUCGACACACGCGAAAAUCAUGGUAAAAAUAUUAUUAGACUUGCAAGGCAUGCUCGCGAUGAAAGCACAACAAAGGAAAUACAACGUACACGCAGCAUUCGCGAAGAGAGAGCAACAAUUGAAAUUCAACGUGCCGUCGACACACGCGAAAAUAGUGGUACAGAUCUUAUUAGACUUACAAGAGAUGUUCGCAAAGAAAGCGCACCAAAUGAAAUACAGCGUACUCGAAGCACUCGCGACGAAAGAGCAACUAUUGAAAGUCAACGUUCAUUCAGAACACGCGCAGAACGCGCUACAAAUAUUAAUAGACUUGCUAGGGAUGCUCGCGAUGAAAUAACAACAAAGGAAAUACAACGUACUCGCAGUAUUCGCGAAGAGAGAGAAACCAUUGAAAUUCAACGUGUUCUCAACACACGCGAAAAUCGUGGUACAAAUCUUAAUAGACUUGCAAGGGAUGUUCGAGAAGAAAGAGGACCAAAUGAAAUACAACGUACUCGCAGCACUCGCAACGAAAGAGCAACCAACAAAAAUGGACGUGCUUUCAACACUCGCGAAGACCGGGAUACAAAUCUUAUUACACUUGCAAGGGAUGUUCGUGUUGAUAGAGCAACAAAUGACAUACAACCCACUCGCAGCACUCGCGACGAAAGGGCAACUAUUGAAAAUCAACGUACAUUCAGAACAGGCGACGAACGCGCUACAAAUGUUAUUAGACAUGUUCGGGAUGCUCGCGAUGAAAGAAUGACAAAGGAAAUACGUACUCGCAGCACUCGCGAAGGGAGAGCAACAAUUGAAAUUCAACGUGCCGUCGACACACGCGAAAAUAGUGGUACAGAUCUUAUUAGACUUACAAGAGAUGUUCGCAAAGAAAGAGCACCAAAUGAAAUACAGCGUACUCGAAGCACUCGCGACGAAAGAGCAACUAUUAAAAGUCAACGUUCAUUCAGAACACGCGCAGAACGCGCUACAAAUAUUAAUAGACUUGCUAGGGAUGCUCGCGAUGAAAUAACAACAAAGGAAAUACAACGUACUCGCAGUAUUCGCGAAGAGAGAGAAACCAUUGAAAUUCAACGUGUUCUCAACACACGCGAAAAUCGUGGUACAAAUCUUAAUAGACUUGCAAGGGAUGUUCGAGAAGAAAGAGGACCAAAUGAAAUACAACGUACUCGCAGCACUCGCAACGAAAGAGCAACCAACAAAAAUGGACGUGCUUUCAACACUCGCGAAGACCGGGAUACAAAUCUUAUUACACUUGCAAGGGAUGUUCGUGUUGAUAGAGCAACAAAUGACAUACAACCCACUCGCAGCACUCGCGACGAAAGGGCAACUAUUGAAAAUCAACGUACAUUCAGAACAGGUGACGAACGCGCUACAAAUGUUAUUAGACAUGUUCGGGAUGCUCGCGAUGAAAGAAUGACAAAGGAAAUACGUACUCGCAGCACUCGCGAAGGGAGAACAAACAUUGAAAUUCUACGUGCUGUCGACACACGCGAAAAUCGUGGAACAAAUCUUAUUAGACUUGCUAGGCAUGCUCGCGAUGAAAGCACAACAAAGGAAAUACAACGUACUCGCAGCAUUCGCGAAGAGAGAGCAACAAUUGAAAUUCAACGUGCCGUCGACACACGCGAAAAUAGUGGUACAGAUCUUAUUAGACUUACAAGAGAUGUUUGCAAAGAAAGCGCACCAAAUGAAAUACAGCGUACUCGAAGCACUCGCGACGAAAGAGCAACUAUUGAAAGUCAACGUUCAUUCAGAACACGCGCAGAACGCGCUACAAAUAUUUAUAGACUUGCUAGGGAUGCUCGCGAUGAAAUAACAACAAAGGAAAUACAACGUACUCGCAGUAUUCGCGAAGAGAGAGAAACCAUUGAAAUUCAACGUACAUUCAGAACACGCAAAGAACGCGCUACAAAUAUUAAUAGACAUGCUAAGGAUGCUCGCGAUGAAAGAACAACAAAGGAAAUACAACGUACUCGCAGCCCACGCGAAGAGAGAGAAACCAUUGAAAUUCUACGUGCUGUCGACACACGCGAAAAUCGUGGUACAAAUCUUGUCAUACUUGCAAGGCAUGUUCGCGAAGAAAGAGCACAACAUGAAAUACAACGUACUCCUAACACUCGCGAAGAGAGAGCAACCAUUGAAAUUCAACGUGCUCUCAACACACGCCAAAAUCGUGGUACAAAUCUUAUUAGACUUGCAAGGGAUGUUCGUGAAAAAAUAGCACCAAAUGAAAUACAACGUACUCGAAGCACUCGCGACGAAAGAGCAACUAUUGAAAAUCAACGUACAUUCAGAACACGCGAAGAACGCGUUACAAAUGUUAUUAGACAUGCUAGGGAUGCUCGCGAUGAAAGAACAACAAAGGAAAUACAACGUACUCGCAGCAUACGCGAAGAGAGAGCAACCAUUGAAAUUCAACGUGCCCUCGACAUACGCGAAAAUAGAGGUACAAAUGUUAUUAGACUUGCAAGAUAUGUUCGUGCGGAAGGAGCACCAAAUGUAAUACAACGUACAUUCAGAACACACGACGAACGCGCUACAAAUGUUAAUAGACAUGCUCGGGGUGCCCACGAAGAAAGAAUAACAAAGGAAAUACGUACUCGCAGCACUCGCGAAGAGAGAGCACCCAUUGAAAUUCUACGUGCUGUCGACACACGCGAAAAUCGUGGUACAAAUCUUAUCAGACUUGCAAGGCAUGUUCGCGAAGAAAGAGCACAAAAUGAAAUACAACGUACUCGCAACACUCCCGAAGAGAGAGCAACCAUUGAAAUUCAACGUACUCCCAACACACGCGAAAAUCGUGGUACAAAUCUUAUCAGACUUGCAACUGAUGUUCGCGAAGGAAGAGCAGCAAUGAAUAAUCAACGUACUCUUACAACUCGCGAAGCAGAAAAUGUUAUUAGACAUGCUAGAGACGUUCGUGAAGAAAAUGAAGAUCAACGCAAUAGCAUUUCUCGCGGAGAAAAAACGACAAAUGAAAUCCAACGAACUCAACAAAGGCUUGCAGAUACAAGACGCGUUAUGCUUUUGGCUGAUGAUACAACUCGUGUUAGUAAAAGAACACUCAGACAGACCUUAAGAGUCGCAGAUGCUGAUGAAAUUCGCAAAUAUAGGCACCAUAUCAAACCUAAAUUAGAAAAAGUACUAGCUAAAGAUCAAGUUGCUGUAAAUAGUAAUCAGAAAAGAAAUACUCGAGUUGCGCCUUUGCUAAGGGAAGAGAAACGUACAAUGUUACAUUUAUCUGCUAACCCAAUACUUGUUUUAAAUUCCGAAAUAGAAAGCACAUUUGUAUUGAAAUGGCAAUACCUAUUCUAUAUAUUGGAAGGAAUCUACUUGAGCAGUCUAUUUACAAAAAAAUCUAACGAUGGAAACUUGAGGAAAACAAGGGCUGCAGACUGGUUCACAAUGAUGGAUUAUCUGAAAGUUUAGUAAGAACAUGACAACCCGAUCUCUACAUAAAAAUAGCAAAUAUAAACACA